AUCUCUGCGGCUGUGGGCUGGCUGGUUUCCCAGUGCCCUGACUCCCUUGAGCUCUGCAGUCAGACCCUUCGGGAGUAUGUCGAAGAUGGAAUUGAUAGUGAAUUUGGCAAGCGCUUCUACCACGACUGGAAGGAGAGGCGUUUAGCUGGCCUGCCGUCUCAGGAGCCUGGGCUCAUCAUAGAGCUGUACAACAGCGUGCUGCAGUUUCUUUCAGAUGUGGCAUCCUCGGAGCACCUUUGUGACUUGUCUUGGCCUGUUACCGAGUUUUCAGAGCCUGGAGGUAACAAGCUGUUGCCCCACCUGCAGUGGAACAUGCCUGAUCACCUGGCGUGGCUGAAGAAGGCUGUGCUGUCCUUCCAGAUCCCAUACCUAGAUCUGCCUCCAUUAGGUGCUCCUUGGCGUCCUGUUUGCCGCAUGAUUUUUCAGUACGUGUCUCAGAUUGCUAGUUCUUCCCAUACUGAACCACUGAUCCAGUCCCAAGUGGAGAAUCUGCUGAGCAAAACUUACCAGAAGUGGAAGAACAAAACAUCUGGGAACUUUGAUGAAGAUGGGCCGUCUGUUGAUGAGAUCCCUUGGGAUGAUAUCUUGGCAGUCUGCAUUGAUCAUAAACUGAGAGACUGGAAACCACCCAAACUGCCUGUUGCUCCAGAAGCGGUAAGUGAAGACGGUCAGAUUCGUGUGUACUUCUUCAAGGAGCAUUUAAAGAACUUCACUCUCCCUUCUUCAUGGGAACACGCCAGACUGCGCACACAAGAGGAGAUCCGGCAAGGCCAUGAGAGUGUCCCCUCCGUUACGUUCACCUUCAGUUGCAGCCUGGACCUGACAGAUGAAUUACGUCUUAGAUGA